CAGGCUAUUUACGAGUUAUAUCAGGGUGAACAAGAUAUGAUAGAAGAUCUGACUAUUGUACAAAAGACUUAUCAUGAUUCUAUGCAGAAACUACAGUUGAUGUCUCAUGGUGAAUUAAAACAGAUCUUCGGUCCACUAGAAUCAUUACUUCCAGUUCAUAAAGAACUAUUAGAGAGAUUACAAAAUGAACGUCAGCCAGACGGUACCACACAGAAAGUUGGUUUACAUUUAUUAGAUUGGAUCCCGUUAUUACAGUGCUAUAUACCGUUCUGUUCUAAUCAAGUAUUUGGUCGUGCUCUGUUUGAAGAGAAAAGAAAGGACUCUGCCGUAGAGGAUUUCUUACAAAGGUGUCUAGAUUCUCCCUUCAGUCGGAAACUAGAUUUAUGGAGUCUGUUAGAUGGUGCCAGAUCGAAGUUUAUGAAAUAUCCAUUGUUGUUGAAAAGUAUACAAAAAUAUACUGAUAUUAAAGAUGUAGACUACAAAUACUUGCAACAAGCAAUUAAACUAAUUGAAAGUAUUGUCAGUACAGCAGAUAAAAGUACCGGAGAAGCCAAGUGUCGUCUGUAUAAAGCUAGAAUAUCGUAUAUUUACGAUGAACAGAGACACCCCUUUAUAGAAGACUCUACUAGUUUAGUUUGUAAUGGCGUACUUAGAAACAAUAAAGGCAGUAAACUUCAUAUAUUUUUAUUUGAUAAAAUAUUAUUGGUAACAAGAUUGACCAAUCAGAAUGGACAACAAUGUUACCAGGUUUAUCGUCAACCAAUCCCUGUCAACGAACUUCAAGUUGAAGAUUUGAAAGAGGUUGAAGUAAAGAUGGGGUCAUUUCGACGAUCAUUUAGCCAAAACGUUACAACACGUAAUGUGUUUAAAGUAUCGUUCAAGGAUCCAUUAAGUGGGCAGUCCCAUACCUUGAUCGCUAACGACGAACACGACAAAAGACAAUGGCUGCAGUGUAUUGAGAAAGUCUUGACGGAAUACAACGACUCCAAUUUGUCCACUCUAGUGAAUACCAGUCAAUCUAUAAUAGAGGAAGAGAGUUAG